AUGUCACCGCACGCUCUAUCGUCGUCGGAGAUGUCACCUUACACUUCACCAAACUCCCUGGCAGAUGACAUUCCUGGUCUUGUCCACUCCAGAGGAUCGAAUCUCCAUCGAUAUGGCGGCGAUGAGGUCCAGGACCUGGUAUGCGUUGGCUUCGGACCAGCCUCUUUGGCCAUAGCAGUCGCCCUUCAUGAUUCCCUGGAGUCGAAGAACGCAAGACUGUCGACGAGAUCGCCCAGGGUCCGUUUCCUAGAGCGCCAGGAGAAGUUCGCGUGGCACGCAGGCAUGCUCCUACCAGGAGCCAAGAUGCAGAUUACCUUCAUCAAAGAUAUGGCCACCCUUCGCAACCCCCAAAGCGAGUUUACUUUCCUCAACUACCUCCACGAGAAGGACAGGCUGGUCUCUUUCACCAACUUGGGUACUUUCCUGCCGCAGCGUAUCGAGUAUGAAGACUACAUGCGCUGGUGUGCAGACCACUUCUCGAAUGUCGUCGACUACAGCCAGACCGUUGAAACCGUCACCGCUGGUCACUUCAGCCAGAAGUCUGGUGCCGUCGAGUACUUCAAUGUUGCAUCCGUCAACCACGAAACUGGAGAACGAACGACUCUCAAAGCCAAACAUGUCGUUAUUGCAGCUGGUGGCAGGCCGUAUAUCCCACGAACCUUGCCAGAGUAUCAUCCACGAAUCAUCCACUCUUCGCAAUAUGCCACCAACAUCCACAAAAUCUUUCCUGAAGGCACGGCGCCGAAGAGGGUUGCAGUCAUCGGUGGCGGCCAGAGUGCUGCAGAGUGCUGGCACGAUAUCCCCUCGCGAUUCCCUGGUGCUCAGUCAGUUUUGUGCAUCAGAAAUGCUGCGCUGAAGCCAAGUGAUGAUUCGCCCUUUGUCAACGAGGUUUUCAACCCGGACCGUGUAGACGACGUUUUCGCCCAAGAUCCACGCAUCAGGGCAGAGGCUCUCCGCCUCGACAAAGCCACGAACUAUGGCGUUGUUCGUGUUGAACUCUUGGAACAGAUCUACAACGAGAUGUACUCGUACCAGAUCCAACACCAAUCCGAGGAGGAGUGGCCACACAGGCUGCUGAACUACAGAGAAGUCACCGGCAUGCGUGACGUGCAACUCAACGGCCGUCCAGCCGUCGAACUCCAGAUCCAGAAUAACUCUGGCAAAUACCACGCCAACAAGGACAUCAGCAACGAGACCCUAACAGUCGAUCUGGUCAUCGUGGCAAGCGGAUACGUGCGAAACGCCCACGAGGAGAUGCUCUGCGGGCUGCGAGACCUCAUGCCAGGUGGUAACGCUGAGGGCAAGAACUGGACCGUGCAGCGCGACUACGCUGUCGACUUCGAGCCUGGAGCGGUUGAGCCAGAUGCUGGCGUCUGGUUGCAGGGAUGCAAUGAGAAGACGCACGGUCUGUCUGAUACCCUUCUCUCGAUCCUGGCAGUGCGAGGUGGUGAGAUGGUCGAGAAUAUCUUUGGCAUUUCUCCUGAUGCGGUGCACAACCAGAAAUCUGCAGAGUCCAACUUCGAGUGGAGGUGA